UGGGUGUUGACAUGUCAGUGUCACUCGGUCAGCUGAUUGCGGGUCUUAACGCUUCUUGGCUAGUACCGCUAGCCAGCUUAGUUAGCUUAGCCUAGCUGGGUGUUUGUUUUUGUUAACGUUACUACACAGCUAACUUUUAAGGUCUAAAAACCGUGUAAUUUAACGUAUUAAAAAAAACAAACAUCCCACAGUCGCUUCCGGAUCGUCAUUGUACGCGUUUCUCGCGGCCCGAAGUUGCCGUUAGUGACGCCGUGAUCACCGCGGCCGGGAGGGAAGGGUGAAGUUGCUCUCCGCGUAUCUGCAUUGCAGCCCGGUGCUGCUGAUGGAAUUCAAACACACAACAAUGGCGACUCCCAGUCCGAACAACUCGACAACAUCCAGCAGCCACGGCAGCGGCGGCAACAACGCCGGAUCCGCGGCUUCCCACCAGCACCAGUCGCAGCCGCAGCACAUCACCACCAUGAGCAGCAUGCAGGAGUCCAACACCUGCUGGAGAUGCCAGAGUGAAACAGGGUUUCAGAUAAACCUGUCUGGAGCUCCCCCAAGUAAACGUAAAGCCCUGAAGCUGAACUUCGCCAACCCUCCGAUCAAACCCACGGCUCGAUUCACGCUGAACACGGCCGGGCCGCCCUUCCAGAACCCGCACAUAGAGCGGCUGAGGACGCACAGCAUCGAGUCGUCGGGCAAGCUGAAGAUCUCCGCCGAGCAGCACUGGGACUUCACCGCCGAGGACCUGAAGGACCUGGGCGAGAUCGGCCGCGGGGCCUACGGCUCCGUCAACAAGAUGGUGCACAAGCCCAGCAACCAGAUCAUGGCGGUCAAGAGGAUCCGGUCGACCGUGGACGAGAAGGAGCAGAAGCAGCUGCUGAUGGACCUGGACGUGGUGGUGAGGAGCAGCGACUGUCCGUACAUCGUGCAGUUUUACGGCGCUCUGUUCAGAGAGGGCGACUGUUGGAUUUGUAUGGAACUCAUGGCGAUCUCCUUAGACAAGUUUUACAAGUUUGUAUAUUGCUCAUUAGACGACGUGAUUCCGGAGGAAAUAUUAGGCAAAAUAACAUUAGCUACUGUGAAGGCACUUAACCACUUAAAGGAAAACUUGAAAAUAAUACACAGAGACAUAAAGCCGUCCAACAUCCUCCUGGACAGGAACGGAAACAUCAAGCUGUGCGACUUCGGCAUCAGCGGGCAGCUGGUGGACUCCAUCGCCAAAACCAGGGACGCGGGCUGCAGGCCGUACAUGGCGCCUGAGCGAAUCGACCCGAGCGCGUCGCGGCAGGGCUACGACGUCCGCUCGGACGUCUGGAGUCUGGGGAUCACGCUGUACGAGCUGGCCACCGGGAGGUUCCCCUACCCGAAGUGGAACAGCGUGUUUGACCAGCUGACCCAGGUGGUGAGGGGAGACCCGCCGCAGCUCAGCAACUCGGAGGAGAGGCGCUUCUCUCCCAAGUUCAUCUCCUUUGUCAACGUGUGCCUUACAAAGGACGAGUCAAAAAGGCCAAAGUACAAAGAGCUACUGAAAGAUCCGUUCAUCCAGAUGUACGAGGAGCGCUCGGUGGACGUGGCGAGCUACGUGUGCCGGCUCAUGGAUCAGAUGCCGGCGUCUCCCAGCUCCCCGAUGUACAUGGACUGAUGGAAGGACGAGACGGGAACACACACACACACACACACACACACACACACACACACCAUUAAAUAUAUUCACCAGUCUGCAACAGUAAACCACAUUUAAAAAAAAAAAAAAAAAAAGACAAGAAAGUGAACAAAAGAAAUUCCUUGUGUACAUUUGCUUGGUCCCCUUAUUGCAGUGUUAAAAUAAGAAUUGUAAAGCCUAAAAAAAAUAAAAACACCAUUUGCAAUAAAAUAGGUGUUUAUUUCAGUCAUGUCUGUAUAAUAUAUCAACACUUUUGUUUCUCUUGUUCACACACACGCACAGUGUAAUCAUAGCAGCAGCUGAAUCACACGGUCUUGACUCAUCUUCACGAGGACACUCUUCUGUGGUUUUAGUAAGGUGGUUAAAAAAAUAAAUAACGUAGAACCAAUAAAAACAUUUUAAAGAAUCAAUUCUUCAGCACACCGGAAUUAUGCUCUCUGUGAAAUUGUCUCACCUCUUCCAUGUACGUAACUGAAAGCAUCGUGUUUGGUAUCUUAAUGGAACUUUGCUUCUCUGGGUAUAAAGCAGUUUAAAAAGUGUCCGGGUGGGGUUGGACCUGCAGGCCGGUCGGUGCUGAGAGGCUGCUGUCCUGUCCUCGCUGUACAGUGGACUAUGUGCUGAUAUAUGAAUAAAGGAGGAGAAAGGAA